AUGGCCAGAAUACGCAAAGUAACUUCCAAGCAACCUAGUUUGGGGACCUCUGCCAUGUCCCAAUCGCGGCCCAUUCCGGGCGAUGACAAAGCAGCAAGAUCUCCAGCGCGGUCACGUGGUCGACGUGACGCGAUCGAAGCCGACGCGCCGGACCCCAGCCAAACAAAUCCAACUGUCAACCCUCUGUCAUCCCAAAUUCUCCCUGUCUGCGAACGACCCAUGGACUCUUCCUUCGACCUCCCCGACUCCACCGAUUGGAUAAAGACGUCCCUACCCGCGUUCGAACCGCUCGAAGUUGCCUUGCGCUGCGAAGUCUGCAAGGAGUUCUACAACAACCCUGUCAUCACGCCGUGUAGCCAUACCUUCUGUUCGAUAUGCAUACGAAGAUGCAUCACGGCGGACGGCAAGUGUCCGAGCUGCAAGACUGGGUGCUCGAGCGACAAACUGGCGCCCAACAUUGCGAUCAGAGAAGUCGUGAUGCGCUUUCAAGAGGCGAGACCCAAGGCCAUGGAGUUGGCGCGCGCAGACAAGGAAGAGGAGACCACGAAGGCUAGCAAGAAGAAGCGGAAGCUGGAAGACACAGAUAUGGAAGACGAGGACAACGUCAGGCAUACACGAUCGCGGCAGACGCGAACUAGGAGCCAGCGCAACGGAGGCAGAGCUGGGUCGCCAAUGGUCGUCGCCGAUAGCGAAGACGACGGUGACGACGAUUUCAUGCCAGAUGGCAUGGUCAAGUGUCCGAUGUGCAGCAAGCCAAUGAAGGAAGAGCUGGUCUACAACCAUCUGGACAUAUGCACUGGGCCAGAAAACUCGCAAGGGCGUAGCACCCGGUCAAGGACUAAGACUGCGUUCCCACCCGCUUUCCAAAUACGAAAGAAAGACCCCUCGCCUCCACCGACGAGAUUAUCCCAGCUCAACUAUGCUAUGCUCACGGAGACUAAGUUGCGGAAGAAACUGCAAGAAAUCGGCAUACCUACCUGGGGUUCAAAAGACCUGAUGAGGCGGCGGCAUGUCGAAUGGCUCAAUAUCUACAAUUCGAAUUGCGACGCCGACGAAAGUGUGCGGAAGAGCAAGAGGCAGUUACUGAGAGAGUUAGACGAAUGGGAACAGACACUAGGUGGAAGAGCGGGCACCAAAGAGAACAAAAUCAUGAAGAAAGACUUUGACGGUGACGGGUACGCGAAGACACACAAAACCGAGUUUGACGACUUAAUAGCACGAGCGCGACAGAAGCGUGCCACACCCAAGACGGAUAGCGAAGGACCAACGGAGCGGAACACGCCCUCGGAGGAGCAACAUGCAGAAUCACAGAAUCGCCAAUCAUUGCCAGUCAAUGAUACCGAAACUCCCUCCCACGGUCCAUCGUCGGCGCAAAGACCCUCAGAUUCACAUCCACAUCCCUCGAACAAUCCUAACCCUCACGAAAUGAACGGCACAGUCGCAAGUAUACACUCAAAAGCUGAGGAGGCCAACAACAUACCCGACAGAGUAUCUGCAUCAACGCUCGAGCAUCCAGUGGAAAGUGCAACACGGCGUGGGUCAGCGGCUAUGGAGGGGAUACAAAACUCUUUAGGAAGUCCCAGUCGCAAGAUGUCCCUGCUUGCACUUCCUGAAGAGCCGGUCAGAGAUGUGGAGGGAGGCACGGCUGUGUAA